AUGUUCAGAAUUCUGUUAAUGGUGCGAUUUUGGAGUUUGUAAACAAUGCUAACUAAAUAUUAUUUAGAUGAAAGUAACAAUACUUGUCAGCCUAUUUGUGGUGAUAAUAUAUUAGCUCCUAAUGAAGUUUGUGAAGAUGGAAAUGAUAUAGAAUUUGAUGGAUGCUUUGAAUGCUAAUUUUAAUGUCAAGUUGAUUGCAGAUUUUGCUUCCUUGAAAAUGUUUACAAUGUUUGGAACCAUUAGUCUUGGUCUAGUCUAAAGGAAAAUGCUGAAGCUGGCUUCUAUUAUUAAAGUAGUACCAAUAGUUGUGUUAAUUUAUGCGGAGAUGGCAUUGUGACAGGCCAAGAAGAAUGCGAUGACACUAAUAUAAUUCCAUAUGAUGGUUGUUUUGACUGUAGAUUUCAAUGCAAUAAGUAAUGUGAGUUGUGCGAUAAAGGAGUAUGCCUUAUUGAAACUUGUCCCUUAGGAUCUAUAUGGAUAAAUAAAUCAUGUUGUGGGGAUGCUAUCUAAAAUGGAGAUGAAGAGUGUGAUGAUGGAAAUCAUAUAGAUUAUGAUGGAUGUUCAAACUGCCGAUUUCAGUGUCAUUAAUUUUGCAAUAUCUGCUUGAAUGGCAUUUGUAAAGAAUGCUUUGAUGAAUAUACAUUAGAUUAGAAUAAAUGUGUUAAACAAUAAAGUAUCCUAGUAGAUAAUGGAGAUUCAAAUCAUUUAAGAUAUAAUUAGGAUUACAUUUGCCUUGAUGAUGAAUGUGCAUUUUCUCUUAAACCAAAAAUGAGUCUAAUCUAUUUAAAUUAAACUUUCUCUCAUUAAUAUGUGGAGAUUAACUUUAAUUAACAAAUACAAUAUGCAAAAAUGCCUAAUAAAGGUUAAUUUUCACCUUUCGAAAUACAAAUUCAAAAUUUAAGUGAAGAAUAUUAUAAAAUACAACUUUAUCCUAUCAGAGACAUCACAUAUGAUUUAUAAUUUGUUUAAUAUGUCGCUGACAUAGAAAUUUUUCUAGAUCUCUAAGAGGAACCCAUUUUAUAGAUUACUCUAAUUUAAACUGUUAUUAACUACAAUAAUCAAACUAUUAUUGAACCAAAUCAAUCUAUUUUCCUCUAAGAGCCUAGGAUUUUAAGUGAUGAGCUUAAAUCCAGAAGCGUUGCUAUCAGUAAAACAAGCAAAGCAUUUAUGAUCUCUGCAAUUACUAUAUCUUCUGUAUCAUUCAUUUUUGGUGAUUCCACCCUAUUAAAUGAAGCCUUGAACAUACUUUAGUAUUAGUCCUAUCUCAAAUUUAUUAAUCUUGAAUAUCCAGAAAAUUCAUAUAUUUAUUUUCAAAGCUCAGAAAUGUUAUCAAUUUCUAACUAUUUAUCGAAUUUGUAAAUCGAUUAUGUUCUAGGUGUCAUUACAAGCAAGGAAGAAGAAUAAAUAAUACUUGAUGGAAAGUUCGCAUAAUAUGAUGUAGAUUGCGAUCUUAUUCUUAAUUUAAUUCCUCAAUGCCCCAAUUAAUAAUACUUUUAACUCUAAUUCUUAAUAGCAAGACAAUUCAUCUUAAGUACUAAAUUUUCAUUUGGGCUCAGAUUUUUAAAUACGAUUUUCAAAAUCUAUCGAGUGGUAAAAAGUUAUUAGUAGAAUUUGCUUACAGGUCGGAUAAUAAAUACAGGAUAUUAUAAAAUACAGGUAUUAAUUUAGUUUGAGAUUAAUCAUGCCCAUUUUAUCUUUAAAUGCUUGGGAUAUUUUAUUUAAACUACUACUACAAAUUCAUAUCAAUAAACUAUAGAACGAAAGAGAACACUCUUAAUAUUUUCUCAGCUUUUCUAUAAUAAUACUGUACUUAAUCUUAUAGCAAAAGCACCUUUUGGAAUGUGA